AGCUUCCCAAAACGUGGGAUCACCGUCCGAUCCGUUGUGCUCGUUUCUCUUGAGCGGUCCGAUCGAUCUUGACCGUGGCGGGCCUUUGAAAAAAGAAUACAUGGCUGGAAAGAAAGCGUGUUUGCUGUGUGUCUCAAUUUUCAAUGUUUUUCGCGUUGAAUCGUAGAAGAGCUAUCGCAACGCGCGCCGCGCGCAAAUAUUUCUUGAUUCGUGAUUGAUCUCUAGAGAAGUCAAUGGACUCCGGGCAAAAGAGGCUCCAGGAGCUGGGCUACAAACAGGAGCUCAAGCGAUCUCUCUCGGUUGUCUCAAACUUCGCAUUGUCCUUCGCCAUCAUCUCAAUUCUCACAGGCGUCACGACUACGUACAACACGGGUCUUACGUACGGAGGCCCUGUUUCGAUCGUCUAUGGCUGGAUUAUCGUCAGCUUCUUCACUAUGUGCAUUGCCCUCUCCAUGGCGGAGAUUUGCUCAGCGUACCCCACCUCUGGAGGUCUCUACUUUUGGAGCUAUAGCCUUGCCGGCCCCAAAUGGGGGCCAUUUGCUUCAUGGAUCACUGGAUGGUUCAACAUAUUUGGACAGUGGGCGACGACCACCAGUGCCAAUUUCUCAAUGGCGAUACUUGUCCAAGUGAUUAUUCUGCUCGCCACCGGAGGGCGAGAUGGAGGAUACUACGCUUCCAAGUACGUGGUCAUUGGAUUCCAUGGAAUUUUCUUGCUCAUGCAUGGCCUGAUUAAUAACUUGGAGAUCAAGUGGGUCUCUCGCUUGGGAACGCUGGCGGUAAUAUGGAAUUGCGUUGGAGUUUUUCUCAUCACCAUUUUGGUCCUCGCUGUUGCUCCGGAGAAACGAAGUGCCAAGUUCGUAUUUUCGUACUUCUACAAAGACAAUGGAAGCGGCAUCGGGAGUAGCCCCUACGUCUUCGUCGUGGGCUUAUUGAUGAGCCAGUACUCGCUGAUCGGAUACGACGCAUCAGCUCACAUGUCUGAGGAGACCAAGUCCGCGGACAAGAACGGCGCGUACGGAAUCGUCAGUGCGGUGGGAAUCUCGGUCGUGAUCGGCGCCAUCUACCUUCUCGGCAUCACAUUUAUCAUCACAGACGUGGAUCAUGUGUUGAGCCUGGACAACGAUGCGAGGGGAUAUGCCGUGGCCCAGGCGUUCUAUGAUGCCUUUAAGAUGCGGUACGGAAGCGGCGGCGGCGGCAUCGUGUGCCUCGCAAUCGUGGCCGUCGCCGUCUUCCUCUGCUGCAUGAGCUGUGUGACAAGCAACUCCAGGAUGGCAUACGCUUUCUCCCGGGAUGGAGCCGUACCGCUGUCGCGCCUGUGGCACAAAGUCAACAAGCGGGAUAUUCCAUCCAACGCCGUCUGGCUGGCGGUCGUGGUCUCGUUUUGCAUGGCUCUUCCAUACUUGGGAAGCUCCGUGGCAUUCCAAGCGAUGGUCUCAAUCGCCACCAUUGGAUCGUGCAUCUCCUACGCACUGCCCAUCCUCUUCCGGGUAACUAUUGCCCGUAAUUCUUUUGUACCGGGCCCCUUUCACCUGGGUAAAUUCCUUGGCCUGGUGACGGGCUGGAUCUCCGUGGUGUGGGUGGCCCUCAUCACCGUGCUCUUCUGCCUCCCUAUCGUCUACCCCGUCACCAGUAAAUCCUUCAAUUACACGCCCGUCGCUGUGGGGGGAGUUUUCACAUUUACCAUGACUUACUGGCUCCUCAGCGCCCGAUACUGGUUCCAAGGGCCAGUCUCCAACCUGGGCUCAUCCCCACUUUAUUAAGCCCAAAUGGUGCUUUUAUAAAAAAAGAAAAAAAGAUGCGGCGAC